AUGAUCCAUUCUUGCUCUAAAAUUGCGAGGUGCCCUGGUUCUAGGUUCUUCACUCUCAUCAGAAUCCGACGAUUCGUUACUACUAUCUGCCCAAACUAAUGCCAUUUUUUGACAAAUAAUUUUAAUGCCGCUUUAAACCUUCGGUUGACAGUUCAACCUGAGGAUAGGUUCGAGUUGACUGAACGAGCGCUCAACCCGCGGUUCAACCUUCGGUUAUCGUUUAUAAUACGAUUUCUUUACUUUCCCGAAAAUUAAAAACAGACUGCGUGGUCAAAGGUUCCAGUCACCAGAAGAAGCAGUUGACGGAUUCAAAAAUGCCGUUUUGGAUCUGCCAGCAAAUGAGUGGAAUAAGUGCUUCGAAAAUUGGUUCGAGCGCAUGCAGACGUGUACUAAUCUUCGUGCAGAAUAC